AUAAAACGAUUCCCAGGCCUUUACCAACAACAGACAUUCUUACUUAGCUUCCGUUGGAUUUAGCUGCCUCUGCCUGAGCAUCCCUGGGCAAUCACACUGCCACUGCUGUAAACUGAUGAACAUCUAUCAAAGCCAGUGAUCCUCACCAGCCACAAGGCACCUGUUGCAUAUCUACGACGGACUGAUACAACAACAUUGUAACCGGAGGAUAAAACUGGGAAAAAAGACAUAAUUCAGUCAUGUCCGUGGUGAUGAUUAUACUGAUUCUGCUCUUGGCCAGUCCAUUGGGAAGGACAUUUGUCCUCCAACUGACGGAGAAGGAAGCUGCUGAUUCUGCUGUAUCUGCAUCAUCUGCCCAAAGGAGCAGCAGGUGCCAGAGGGAACCACUGCAGACCAUCCGCGAGAGCAUCUUGCAGGGGCUGAAUCUCAAGCAGGAGCCCCAACACCAGAACACCGGGAUGGCAGAGCUGAGGGAGCAGUGGAAGGCUGCCUUGAAAGUCAGUGGCCACUCAGGCCUCCCCAUUCAGUCUCCUCUACCAAUGACAGGGAGUGAAGAAUACCCUGAUGCUCCUGCCACAGAACUGCAGUGUUGCAUGCUCUCCUCACAGGUCUUCAUCAAAGAUUUGGGCUGGGAGAACUGGGUCAUCUACCCAGAGAGCUUCACCUUCAGCCAGUGCAGUGUUUGCAGCCCACGGUCAAAGCCCAGUGAGCCCCUCUGCCCAAGUGCACCCACCGCUGGCGCCCCUUCACAGGUGCCCUGCUGCCAACCAGUCGCCCAUGACCUGGUGCCCUUCUUCUACCUGGAUAAGAGCGGCACGCUGGUCAUUUCCUCUGUGCCUAUGACUCGCCAGUGUGGCUGUGGGCAAGGAUCUGAUCCUCAUUAGGUCAAUGUUUUUAGGUCAUUAGAUCAAUGUGAUCUCUGCAUCAUCAAUGAGAAAGGUACUGCAUUAAUAACAAAUAGACAGGCUGCAACUUUCUGUCUGGUUUAGAUAUGUGGACUGAGACUCUUAUAUCUGAUCCAAGUUACAUGUAUUUUGAGGUCAUUAUGAUCAUCUAUCUCUGUAGGCUACAGAGGUUAUUUUUACUGCGGCUGUCUGCUGUUUCAGGAAGCACAUAAUCUGUUUUUUUUGGUAAUUAUCAAGUCCUAGGUUUCUCUGUUUUUUGGAACAUGAAAUAUGAAAUAGUACACCAUGGAGCACUUGUAUUUUAAAAUCAGUGUGGAGACUAGAUUAAAUCUCCACAUGUGCUUGCUGCUAUUUUUUGGCCAUAUUUCAUUCACUCGUACCAUGAGUCUGCCAAGGAGGGAGAAGAUACAGUUACUUUGUGUUCCUUGAAAAAAUGUGAGCACUCUGUAGCCAUGCAAGCCAAACAUUUUCCAACAUGUAGCCAAGCAACAGCAGUGAGGUCUAUUAAAGGGAAAGCUGAUUUUAAUUAGUGACUGUGAAACAGGGCUUUUCACUAAAUGCUCUAUUUUUGGGAAGUGCCAGUAUUGCUAAACAGUGUUGACUUAAAUAGAAACCCAUAUUUGAAACUGCAGCAACCUAUUGGGGAAAAAUUAAUAAAAACAUCUGUUACUACAUAAGAUUUUAACAUUUCAAGAAUAUCCACAAACGUGAAGUUGGCCUACAUCACAUUUAGCUGUAAGACAGUUUGUAAACCAUGUUGUCACAAAUAUUUUUCAACAUAGCUUAACUAAGGGGCAUUUUGUUCAACUGCAUUAGAGAGCACACAGUCAAAAACAUAUAUUUUUUUAACAUACUGGCUACUUUGUAAUUUACUCAUGACUGCUUGUGAGUUCUAAAGAGGUGAACUGAGAAGUUCUGAAGGGUUGAAGCAGUUCCCAUGACCUCAGUAUGCCUACACUGGUUAUAUUAUGUCUUUGUAAGUUCUUGAAUAUCCCAGAUCACGUCGCUAGUAUAUGCACCCCUGGGUAUAAAAAAAAUAAAUCUUGUUUACUUUUGGGGAACAUGGUCUUCUGCUCUGUACUUGUUCUUUUCCUCUUAUGUGUAUUUAUGGUGAAUUCAUUCAUCUCUUUAUUUUUGACUUUCAAUUGUGUAUUUAGCUCUUGUAGAUGAGAAAUGAUUAAUCACAAACACUAACAAUUUCUUAUUAGGUAAUAGCUACUGUGUUUAAAUACAUCACAUUUUGUUAACUUUG